GGAGGAGGAGGAAGAGAGGCGUCGUCCCGGCGGUUGGGGCGGAUCCCGCGGGGCUCGGCCGGCCGGGGCGGGGGGAGGGGAAGGAGUCGCCGGCCCGACCAUGGCGGACAACGAGAAGCUGGACAACCAGCGGCUGAAGAAUUUCAAGAACAAAGGCCGGGACUUGGAGUCUAUGAGAAGACAGCGAAAUGAAGUUGUUGUCGAGUUAAGGAAGAACAAAAGAGAUGAACAUCUCUUGAAGAGAAGAAAUGUACCACAUGAAGAUAUCUGUGAAGAGUCUGAUAUCGAUGGUGAAUUCAGAGUGCAAAAUACCUCUCUAGAAGCAAUUGUACAGAAUGCUUCAAGUGACAACCAAGGAAUCCAGCUAAGUGCAGUUCAGGCUGCUAGAAAGCUUCUGUCCAGUGAUCGCAAUCCACCAAUUGAUGACUUAAUAAAAUCUGGAAUAUUACCGAUUUUAGUUCAUUGUCUUGAAAGAGAUGACAACCCUUCCUUACAGUUUGAAGCUGCAUGGGCUUUGACAAACAUUGCAUCUGGAACCUCGGAACAAACACAGGCUGUAGUUCAAUCCAAUGCUGUGCCACUAUUUCUGCGACUCCUGCACUCUCCCCAUCAAAACGUUUGUGAACAGGCAGUUUGGGCCUUAGGGAAUAUCAUAGGUGAUGGACCCCAGUGUAGAGAUUAUGUCAUAAGUCUUGGAGUGGUGAAGCCUCUGCUUUCCUUCAUCAGCCCAUCUAUUCCCAUAACAUUUUUAAGAAAUGUUACUUGGGUCAUGGUCAAUUUAUGUCGCCACAAAGAUCCACCACCGCCAAUGGAAACCAUUCAGGAGAUACUUCCUGCCCUCUGUGUUUUAAUUCACCAUACAGAUGUAAAUAUAUUGGUAGAUACCGUCUGGGCCCUGUCUUAUCUAACCGAUGCAGGAAAUGAGCAGAUACAGAUGGUAAUAGAUUCUGGAAUAGUUCCUCAUUUGGUUCCUCUGCUCAACCACCAGGAAGUUAAAGUUCAGACUGCUGCACUUAGAGCUGUGGGCAACAUCGUGACCGGCACUGAUGAACAGACCCAAGUAGUUCUGAACUGUGAUGCUCUUUCACACUUCCCAGCACUUCUGACUCAUCCCAAAGAAAAAAUUAAUAAGGAAGCAGUAUGGUUCCUAUCUAACAUCACCGCAGGAAAUCAGCAACAAGUUCAGGCAGUCAUAGAGGCUAACCUCGUACCAAUGAUAAUACACCUUUUAGAUAAGGGUGAUUUUGGCACUCAGAAAGAAGCUGCUUGGGCUAUAAGUAACUUAACCAUCAGUGGAAGGAAAGAUCAAGUGGCGUAUCUUAUCCAACAAAAUGUUAUCCCACCCUUUUGUAACUUGUUAACAGUAAAAGAUGCUCAAGUUGUGCAAGUGGUGCUGGAUGGAUUAAGUAAUAUAUUAAAAAUGGCUGAAGAUGAGGCAGAAACCAUAGCCAAUCUUAUAGAAGAAUGUGGAGGUCUGGAGAAGAUCGAACAGCUUCAAAACCAUGAAAAUGAAGACAUCUACAAACUUGCUUAUGAAAUCAUUGAUCAGUUCUUCUCAUCAGAUGAUAUUGAUGAAGAUCCUAGCCUUGUUCCGGAGGCAAUACAAGGUGGAACGUUUGGGUUCAAUUCAUCUGCCAAUGUACCAGCGGAAGGGUUCCAGUUUUAGAAAGAUGUUUUGGAAGUUAGGUACAAUGCAGCACUGAUAUUUAACAAAAAAAAAAGUUUGAUCCAUCAUGCUUGGCUCAUGGGAUCUGCUGCUGCAUUAAAUCGGGGAAAGAAAAUGUGAAGAUUUCAUUUGGAAUCCCAGAAAAGCCCAAAUGAAGUCAAGGUGGCGAGUGGGUGCGAGUGAGAAUGAGUGGCAAAAUGUAACGAAAAACUUCACACGAAUGCUUAUUUAGGUUGUUCAAAGUCAAAAGGGCUACAGGUCCAAGAUCAUCAAUGCCUGAGAAGGAGCGUUGACUUAGUAGAGCAGUUGGUGGGGGGACAGUGUAGUAACUCUCAUCUUCGGGCCUUGUAAGCCUCCAAGAGAGAGUAGGAUGCCCUCUAAGUCUAAGGGGAAUGAGCCCAGGCCUUGCUAUGAAGCACUGUGUGAGUGGACAACAUUGAGUGAAUGUCUGGUCGCGAAGCUGUGGAGCCAGGCUCAUCUUUCCAAUCUAGGGCUUUUCACUCGUGAAGCGGAUUCCUAGCCCUGGAGUGGCGUGUGUACGAGAGUAUGGUUGUGGUGCUGUCUGUGAACGCAUGCAAGCUUGAAUCGCCUUCAGGGGGCUGACGACAAACCUAACCAAUCAUCAAAGCGAGAUCAUAAGUGUUAACUUACACUGGACAUGAAAACAAAGACCGGUUUAGCAGCAGACUUUGGUUUACUCCUGCAGCCUGUGUUUCCUUUCCUUUUUUUUCCUUUUUUUUUUUUUUUUUUAAAGUUGUUUUUAAUUUCUUUACCUAGUACGGCUUUAGUUGCUUGUCGAGUCAGAAAACUUUUCAGGAAGGCUUCCCUGUGCAUUUGCACCAGAUGAGUGUUUGAUGUUAUGAAAAGCUUUUCCAUAUCAUCAAAACUAAUUUGUGUAGACUUUUGCAUGAAAAAAAACCAUAUAAAUUUCCCUCAAAAUAGACUGUGUUGCAGUACGCACAAGUCGCCAUAAUAGUAGGAAACAGUAAAAUGUGCUUUAAAAGCCAUCCUUUUCAUUUUCAGAGAUAACAUAAAAAGAUCUUUGCAUGUGGUAAUCUACGGCAUAGUUCAUUUCUAGAUUUUGUUGAGUCCUGUAAAGAAGAAGAAGAAGAAAAAAAAAAAAAAGUUUCAGUUGUGGUAGAAUACCGUGCUGUGUUUAAAUGUUACUUGUUUUCAAACUUUGUUUUCUAUGAAAAUGAUAUGGAAACUUCUAAAAUGAAAUUUGGUGCAUAUGUACUGCCGAAUAAAGACCGAUGAAGAGGUGUGAAUAGAUGUACAAAUCAAGUAAUGGUUUGAACACCUUUAAUAAUAUGCCUAAUCUGUUCAAUUGUUUUAGAAUCUUUUUAUCUUAGAUGUAGGCAGCCAUGAACAAUCUAUUUUGAGCCACUUUAGGGAGAACACUUUGUAUUUUUAAAACUUGCAUAAAAGGCAUGCAAGUGGUUUUUAUAAAUUGGAAUAAUACCUCAGUUUUGAGGUUCUGCACACUAAAUUAAUGGGACAUGAAAAAAUUUGUACAAAAAGGAGAACUCUUUAUAAGGUGGCUCAUUGUAGGAAAUCCUGUGCCUUCCCCUUUGAGCACAAGUGUUGCAUGAACAACAGUUUGCUAUAAGAAACAUACCAGAUUAGCCACCAUUAGCAUCUAUAUCUACUUUGUGUUGAAAAAUCAACUGGUAAUUCUGAAACACUGUAGAAUGGAUAAAGAUUAUUUUGUGAUCAUAAUUCUUUGUUGGACUAGAGUAUUUUUGCAGCAUUCCUUGUCAUCCGAAACGUGGUUAAAGUUGAAAACUAGAAGCAGCAGAAAACUAGCUUGUAAAAUUUAUCCAAGUAGAAUUCAGGCUAGGGCUGUCUUGGGGAAAUAAACAUUAAACUUAAAGCAAUGUUUUACCUA